ACAAUGCUAACUGCAAUUACGAUUUCCACCAUUUUCAUAACAUUUUGCUUUGCUCAACAGCAGACAGAUUGUUUUUCCGCUCGCGAUACUGGAAAUUCUGGAUGUGGUCAGCAGGGAGCCCGCUCAUUUUAUUUCCACAAGAAUACCCGCACAUGUCAGCCAUUUUUCUAUCAGGGAUGCGACGGCAACUCCAAUCGAUUCCAAUCGAAAGAGGCUUGUGAAUCAGCUUGCCGGAACGCGACUGCUUCUGACGAUUUAGCUUACGCUGUAUGUCCAUCUGGAGCAUACCCAGCUGGAGCCACUUCUGGUCAGACUGUUGGAUGUUCGAAUUGCCCACAUGGUUACGAGUGUCAAAAUCAACAAUGCUGUCCAACAAAAGAAAACACAUGUAGUUUGCAGUACGACGCUGGAAAAUUCGGAUCUAGUGGAAAACAUACACCCAGAUAUUUCUUCUCAAAGUCCUACAAGAACUGCAUGCUGUUCACUUUCUAUGGCCGCGAUGGAAAUGCUAACAACUUUGCUACGUACAACGAAUGCAAAAACUUUUGCAUGUAACAUUUUAGCAAAUAACAGUAGUUUUCUUAAUGUAUAUAAAUAUUUCAAACG